AUGUCGUCUUAUCAACAAUAUUCAAACGUUCAUAAUCGUGGCAAGUUUGGGAGUCGAAUGGCCGUCCCUACGAUUUCCAUCCUUGGCACUGGACCACCGCUCGGAACUCAUGGUGGCAAUGAGUUUCAUACACCCCAGACACUUAAUCAGAGAGAUUUCGGUAUUGGAGACUCGUUUUCAAGUGAUUCACAUACUCAGGAUGUACCCACAGGAGACAAUCCAUUCGAUGACAAGUAUACUACCGACAGCGAUAGGGCCGUUAAUGAGGGUACUCCAAACACUUCCAUUGGUUCUUCACAACAGGAUGAUUCCCCGCCAUAUCUGCAAGUACCUCUUGAAGACUCCAGACUUCCUCCAGGAUAUACCGCCUAUAAAUUAGCUGUUGUCGAGCCCAACUCCAAUUCCAACUCCGGCUCCGACAGGCUUGGACGCGUUUAUCAUGGACACCAUUCCCCACCCAACGCUAGUACUAUUGCCAAUACGAGAAAAUCCCUUAUUGCAAGGAUCACCGGUGCGACAGGACGUCGAUCCGCUGAUAUCAAUGAUUACGCUUCUCGUGACAAGGGCGAUGAAACUCCUUAUACUGAUUCAGCAGAGGUUAUCGAGCCUCCUUCUCCAUACUGGUCACCUGCACUUCCUACCUAUGAGAACGAUAACCAUCUUGAUGGGCGAUAUGGUUACAUCCAUCCGACCAAAGCCCAACUCGCUUCACGGAAAUUAUCAGGGGAACGCGCUCCUUACGAAAGGCAAACCAGCCAUAGUCAUUCGGCUACUUCAUCCAGUCACAAUGAUGCCCAGAUCCUGGCAUCUUUGAAAGAACGUCUUUCCCACUUGAAUGCAACAACCCUCAACAGCGAAUUGCCCAGAGCAGGUAGCCCCGGUCACAAUGAUGAUCCUGUCCUUUUCAAUCAGCCAUACGACGGUCAAGACUCAGCUUCUAUGGCUACUCAAGGCAGAGAAGAGAUGCACAAUAAUUCAAGUGCUGCAUCUUCAGCUGCUUACACUGGCAGAGGUAUGACAGAUCAUUCCAAUGAUAGCCGUAUUCAAUCUCUUCGACAUCAAGUUGGCGAGGAGCAGGCUAGAUUCCAAGCAAUGAAGAGCGACUUCGACGACCUCACGACAAAAUACAACACACUGAAGAAGCUACAUAGAGUAUCUCAACAGACGAUUAGUCAUUACCGAAAGAGUUCACAGCUCAAGGAUGAUGAUUUUGAUAAAAGUCAAUCCCGAACCAGGGAGAUAGCAAAACAAUUAGAAACGAUGUAUACUAUUCAAGACAAACUACUUGGGGCUUCUCAAGAGGAUCAAGAACAUAUCGAUCGGCUUGAACAGCGUAUACAAUAUUUGAAUUCGCAAAACAAUAACAUGCAUUCAUCUUGUAUGCAAUCUGACCUCCAUGGAAAAAUAGUCUCUGCCAAACUCGACCAAAGUUAUUCUGGGACGAAAUCGUUACAAGAUAACUAUGUUUCCCUAGCUGAAGAAUGGGCUCAGGUUAAAACGAGUCUAGACAAAUCGCAGCAAACUAUAAAUUCUCUGAACCACUACAACGCAGAGCUCAAGGCGACGGCGGAUUCCAGUUCGAAAUACGGAAGACGUUUCAUGAGACCUGAUCAGACCAGGAAGGAUGGUCAACAUGGUGGAGAAGGUGUACAGUAG